AUGGAAAUAUUUUGCUUAAGAGAUAUUCACGACUUACAAGAUAUUGCUCUAGAUAGCAGGGUGGAUGGACUAAUUUGUGGGGAUUUUGGAUAUUUACAUGUAUCCAAAGUGGAUAAAGAUCCACGUUUUAUCCAAACUGGUAUUUGCAAAGAAGAAGUCGUACGACUUAUGCUGAAACGAAAUCAACAACUUAUUAUACAGAAGUUUAAAACCUUGGCGUCUUUAUUACAGAUCGAAAGAGAAAAAAAUAUUUUUAACCAGUGUAGCAUACUAGAUAAGGCAAUUGAAGAAAUUCGGCUAUUAGUAAAGAAAGAACGUGAAUAUUUAGAACUAAAAAACAUUUUGUUUUUAAGAAAACGUAACAAUUUUAUUCAGAUGUAUACUAUUUUGUCCAAACUACCUCCAGAGCAAAGAAAUAUAGAAAAUCUUAAAUUUAGGGCAAUCCUCGAUGCGAACGAACCAUCUACAAUAGAAAUAAAAGAUUCGGAUGACGAAUUACAAAUUGUAAACAGGGAAAAGGUACCUACAGCAAAAUCAGCUCUUAAUGUAAAUUUGAAAUCAAUAUUAAAACCUUUAAUACCGUUACCAAUUAAUAGAGAGUCAAGUCAUUCCUCAAAUGAGGAUCAAAAACCAUUCACAGACAAAAGUAUUCCAGAUAUAAUUAAAAAACCCUGGUAUGUCAAAACAACAAAAAUAAUAGAAAACAAAUUUAAGAUGGUGAAGAUACCUCAAACAGAUCCAAUCGUGGAAAAAAGCAGGUUUGCUAUUGCUGAUACGAAGGAUACGAUAAUUCACAACAGAAAUAGAUUUCAAACUGCCGUUGAAUGUAAAAAUAAAAACGUUAACUGUAAACCUCAAACAAGUAUUGAAAAUAUGGUUGAUGCUGAUAAGCUUGUUUCAUCCGUGAUAAUAGAUUUAGAUGAUAUACCUUCUGAUAAUGAAAUGUAA